AUGCUGAUGAGGUGUCGCUACCUGGCUGUUCAGCUCUCUCCUGCCAUCCCUGUGUUUGCUGCCAUGCUCUUCCUUUUCUCCAUGGCUACUUUGUUGAGGACCAGUUUCAGUGACCCUGGAGUGAUUCCUCGGGCCCUACCAGAUGAAGCAGCUUUCAUAGAAAUGGAGAUAGAAGCUACCAAUGGUGCAGUGCCUCAGGGCCAGCGACCACCCCCUCGUAUCAAGAAUUUCCAGAUAAACAACCAGAUUGUGAAACUGAAAUACUGUUAUACAUGCAAGAUCUUCCGGCCUCCCCGGGCCUCCCAUUGCAGCAUCUGUGACAACUGUGUGGAGCGCUUCGACCAUCACUGCCCCUGGGUGGGAAAUUGUGUUGGAAAGAGGAACUACCGCUACUUCUACCUCUUCAUUCUUUCUCUCUCCCUCCUCACAAUUUAUGUCUUCGCCUUCAACAUCGUCUAUGUGGCUCUCAAAUCCUUGAAAAUUGGCUUCCUGGAGACGUUGAAAGAAACUCCUGGAACUGUUUUAGAAGUCCUCAUUUGCUUCUUCACACUCUGGUCUGGUGGACUGACUGGAUUUCACACUUUCCUCGUGGCUCUCAACCAGACAACCAAUGAAGACAUCAAAGGAUCAUGGACAGGGAAGAAUCGUGUCCAGAAUCCCUAUAGCCAUGGCAAUGUGAAGAACUGCUGUGAAGUGCUGUGUGGUCCCUUGCCCCCCAGUGUGCUGGAUCGAAGGGGUAUUUUGCCACUGGAGGAAAGUGGAAGUCGACCUCCUAGUACUCAAGAGACUAGUAGCAGUCUCUUGCCACAGAGCCCACUUCCCUUGUCUCUGCAUCUGGCCUGA